UGACAAGUAACUACCUGUUGUCCUCCUGCUGUCCGUUUUGUACGAUAAAGUACAGUGUGCUCUAAGUCGACGUGACCCUGGAUUUCAGACUAGAUUGAACCAUUAGAAGUGGACAUCACUGCAACAAGGAGUGUCGCUUAGAGGGCCUUCUUUUAUUGUGAGUGUGUGUGUGUCUGCGAGUGUGUGUCUGCGAGUGUGUGUGUGUGUGUGUGUGUGUGACGCCAUGGCUAUACUCAAAGUGCUGUGCUGCCUGCUGUUAACGUGUCACAUGGCACAGGGAAGAAAAGCUAAAGGAAAUAGAGCAGAUGUGGCAGUCCCCGACAAGAGGGGCCCCCUAAAGGUGAAAGAGCCUCAUGUCAGCAGUUCAGUCUUCAGGCUGUUUGUGGAGGGGGAGGACACCUGCACACUGGACCCUCUGCAGCUGCACAGUCUCUCUUCCUGUGGCUUCAACACCACUAAUCCCCUCAUCAUCAUCACUCACGGGUGGUCGAUGGAUGGCAUGAUGGAGAGCUGGGUGCACAAGUUAUCCUCCACCCUGAAGACUCAUCUUACGGAUGUCAACGUCAUGAUCACUGACUGGCUGUCACUGGCUCAUCAGCACUACCCUACUGCAGCACAGAGCACACGUACUGUGGGAAAAGACAUCGCUCAUCUGCUGUCCUCACUCAAGGAGCACCAUGGAUAUUCAUUUGGGAAAGUCCAUCUGAUUGGUUAUAGCCUUGGAGCUCACAUAUCUGGAUUUGCCGGAAGCUAUGUUAACGGCCCGGAACAAAUUGGAAGAAUUACCGGUCUUGAUCCUGCGGGCCCCUUGUUUGAAGGAAUGUCGCCCACAGACAGACUGUCCCCUGAUGACGCCCAGUUUGUAGAUGCCAUCCACACGUUCACGCACGAACGUUUGGGUCUCAGUGUGGGCAUCAAGCAGGCUGUGGCACAUUACGACUUUUAUCCUAAUGGAGGAGACUUCCAACCAGGAUGUGACCUGCAAAACAUUUACGAGCACAUAGCCGAGUAUGGCCUUCUUGGCUUUGAACAAACAGUGAAAUGUGCCCACGAACGUUCCGUGCAUCUGUUCAUUGACUCACUUCUCAACAAGGACGGGCAGAUCGUGGCCUACGAGUGCAGGGACAACAGAGCCUUUCACAAAGGCGUUUGUCUGGACUGCCGGAAGAAACGCUGCAACACGCUUGGCUACAACAUCAAGAAGGUUCACACUGGCAAAAGCAAGAGGCUCUACGUGAAAACACGCUCCAAGAUGCCCUACAAGCUUUAUCACUACCAGUUCAGGAUCCAGUUUGUCCAGUCCAUGGAGAGCUCCAAGCCUUUACUCAGCAUCUCUCUCACUGGUACCAAAGAGGAGAGCGGAAAAGUUCCCGUCACCUUUACAGAGCAGGUUUUCGGGAAUAAGACCUACACCUCGCUGAUAACCUUGGACAGACAUUUGGGGGCUCUGAUGUUCCUCAAGUUCCAAUGGCAAGGAUCAGCUCUGUGGAAGCACAUGUGGAACAGGGUGCAGACCAUCAUGCCUUGGAGUGGACACCAUAUCCAACCUCUGCUGACUGUAGGCAAAAUCAGCGUCAAAGAUGGCGACACACAAAAGCGGACAUCCUUUUGUCCUAUGGCAAUUGGUGCACAGCAUGUUCAAAUGUCAGAAGAAACAGUGUUUGUGAGAUGUCAACAGGACCCACCAAGGCAGCAUAACAAGAGGAAACACUUCAGAGACUCACCUGUUCAUUCAAAACACUGAUGUGCUCUUUGGGUUCCACCUCACAUCUGGAUGCUGUGCAGUGCAAUGCCGGGAAAGGUCUCAGGAUGUUCCUGCUCCUGAUAAAUAAGAGACAAUGUGUCAUUUAAUAUUGAGUGUAGAAACAUUUGUACAGUGCAUCCGGAAUGUAUUCUGUUACAGCCUCAUUACAAAAGUUUGUUGUUUUUUCUUAAAACUCACAAUAUCCCCUAGCGACAAUGUUUCCAGCACCUCUCGAGCCCCAUCAGAUUGGAUAGGAAGCGACCAAGAACCAGAUGGUAACUCUUUGUCAGAACUACAGCAUUCUGUGGAGAGGAGAACCUUCCAGAAGGACAACUAACUCUGCAGCAAUCUACCAAUCAGGCCUGUAUGGUAUUGUGGGCAGACGGAAGUCAUUUCUUAGUGAAAGUUUGCCAAAACACAACUGAAAUACUCUCUGGUCUGAUGAGAAUGUCAGGCAUUAUGUUUGGAGGAAACCAUGAGGCAAAGCUCAUUACCAAGCCAAUAUCGUCCCUUCAGUGAAGCAUGGUGGUGGCAGCAUCAUGCUGUGGGGAUGGUUUUCAGUGGCAGGAACUGGGAGACGGAUAGAGGGAAAGAUGAAUGCAGCAAGUACAUAGAUAUCCUGGAGGAGAACCAACACUCCCAUCCAAUCUGAUGGAGCUUGAGAGGUGCUACAAAGAGGAAUGGGCAAAAAAGUAAUGGUCAUAACUGCCCAACGAUAGGUGUGCCAAGCUUGUUGCAUUGUGUUCAAAAAUACGUGAGGCUGUAAUUGCUGCCAAAGGUGCAUCAACAAAGUAUUGAGCAAAAGCUGUGAAUACUUAUGGACAAAAAAAAAAAAAAACACUUUUUAAAUUUUCAUUGUGGGAUAUUGUGUCUGAGGACAAAAAUGAAUUAAUUCCAUUUUGGAAUACGGCUGUAACAUAACAAAACGUGGGAAAAAGUUAAGUGCUGUGAAUACUUUCCGGCUGCACUGUAAUAUUGGUUAAUAUUGGGAAAUCGCAACACUUUACAUCAGUAUUUGUUGUAAAGUUAUCACAAAUUACAGUAGUGAAUCAAAAUGAAAAACCUAUGCAAAAAAUAAAUGUCAUAAUCUUUGUGAUCUCCAGUACACACGAUAAAUGUCUUUACAUGCUGGACAAACCACCUAAGCAGUUUGUGCUGACUUCCAGGGUGACAUCAGCGUGCGGUUGACCUUAUUGUGUAGAAAUGUCGCACGUCAAAGCUGUACGUGAAGAUGAUUUACUAAUGCAUUUCAAAUUAAGCAAAUACUUGAGGUAAAAAGCAAAAACAUUGAAGUUGCAGUAAAAAAAUAUAAAAUCAGCACUCCAGUGUACGGACACAAGUCCUUUAAACCCAAAA